AUGGCGGACGGACUUAAAAUUUCCGUGCAAUUUAGGUGAGAUUUCCUCUAAGAAUUUGAUCACAAGAAACGUUAUAAAAGCCGAGAACUUUUCAUGACAGUUUUCUCUCUGGUUUAGUGGUGGAGCCGAGCUUUUAUUCAACAAAGCGAAGGAACACGAGGUGCUUUUACCGAAGGACGAGAAUCCAUGUGAGUAAGAUUUCCCAUUUCAAUGGCAGAUGAUUUACACCACGACUAUAUGUCCAGUAGCGGGAUACGAUUUUAAAAUACUAAUAGUAUAAGUAUUAAUUUCUACUUGCAGUUAUCGCAUAAGAAGUCAAAGAAUAGUCAGAUCAGGAAAUUUGAAUGGGGCAGUGUAAAAUGCAGACUGUAAACUGACUGCGGACUAUUGUUUUUAGGGUUAGAGCACAAUGGGACUAUUGUUGUCACGUUCUAAUUCGCAUGGUGAAAACAAUAGUGUGCAGUCUGCAUUUUACACCAACCGGAAUUUGAAUUGUCAGACUGUUAGUGUAAAAUGUAGCCUGCGUAGCAAGCGUUUCCUCACGAGUUUGUCGAGAAAGUUGGAACAAGAGCAAAAAAAGGAAAGACGGGGGAGGGGGAGGGGAAUGAAGGAACUGCUUGCCCGCAAACCCCACGAUUUUGAUAAACUGCGUUCGCCCACGAACGCAGCUUUUGAUUGGCGCGGUGCUGGUAGUGUUGAUUACUUAGCACUUGAAACAUCAAUCAAACCAGGUAUGCUUUGUUUACGUGCAUCACAGAUCUGGUUUCAUCUGAUUGGUGGUCACAGAUUACAAAUGCUUUGGACUGAUGUUUAUUUGAAUUGUGUUUGUGUGAAGGUUUAUAAGAUCAAAGUCUUCAAAGUAUAAUUGGAGAUCUAGCAGUGGAGACUAGGGAAGGCCAAUUUAUUGGGAAUGACGGCGUGCAGAUCUGACUGGAAAAAAUGGACUGAAGAGCAGCAGCUCUGCAAACCUUAUAGCCGGCGGAGUGAAUUGUUCUUGACGUUUCAACAAGGCUUCAGACGAGAUAAAGCCACACAAUAAAAAACAAGAAAUUCCAGAGCAAUUGCUCAGAGUUUUAACCUUCUUUUAUCGUAAACCUUUUUUAUUACAGUUUUUGCAAUUGCCUGGAACGUGUUUUAUUAGAGAUCAAAGUAAUUUUACAAAUCUGGUAAUCCAGGGGUAAUACUUCUAUUUUGACGAGCUGUCAAUUUACAAAUCAACCAAACCGUGAAAUAUCAAGGGGCGUUUUCCAGAAUCAUGGGGUUUGCGGGCAAGCGUUUCCUCUUCUCCCCUCCCCUCCCCCUUCCACGUUUUGUUUUUUUUUUUUUGCGCCCACUCUAACUUUCACGCAGUAACUUGAUUGGAAACGCUUGCUACGCAGGCUAUGUAAAAUGCAGACUGCAGACUAUUGUUUUCACCAUGCGAAUUAGAACGUGACAACAAAAGUCCCAUUGUGUUCUAACCCCAAAAACAAUAGUCCGCAGUUAGUCCGCAGUCUACAUUUUAUACAGCCCCAUUGUCAGGUAGGGCAUUCCAUUUUGUAUCCUCUCCUGCCCAUCCCCCUCCCCCCACCCCACCUCCCCAAAGAUGGCUGGCAUCCAAACCCUCAAUUUUUUGUUGACAUCCGUUGAAAAAUUAACUUCCAAGAGUUCGGGUUUUGUUGGCACUUUUGAAACUAUGUCCAAAGGGUUCUGUCAAGAGAAUAUUGAAAACCCCUUUUCAAAAUCCUGCCAUCCUCAGGGGUGAGGCAGGGUGUGGAUAAAAUGUCCAAGCUCUAGUGAGUGACUGUAAAAAAUCUCAAACAAAGGUUCUUUUAGACUUUUGAAAGAGUCCUUUAAGGCUGCUUUGCAUCCUAUAAAGUGUGCUAAUUUACAGCUUUUUUGCUGUUAAAAUUGUAAAGUGCACUUGUGGUUUAGUCUGAACCCUACAUCCCCAAUCUUAGUUCACUUUAUCUACCUAUAGAAGUAAAUAUGAAGAUGAGACAAAUGCAGAUCAGACUAGCAGUCAUUUAGUGACAUGAAAACCAGGAUCUGCUACAGGGUCAGUUAGUUUCUGCCUUUGUGCAUGAUUUUAUUAUGAGCAUACUAUUAUAAAGUUCCAUGUUAAACCAUGUUCUUUUCUUUAUUGAUUUUACAGGGAAUAUUAGGAGAUUGUUGAUAUGGAUUAAAGAUAAUUUGCUUAAAGAAAGACCAGAAUUGUUUCUUCAAGGAGAUUCAGUGUAAGAGCCUUAAAAAAUUUUCAUUCUUUAGAAGUGAAAGGAGCUUGAUCUUCUUCCGAACUUGAUCUUCUUCUGUAGCUUUGAACCUCUUUUCCACCCCAGUGUAUAUUUAAAUCUGGAUGAUGUCAUAUAAAAACCAGUAAUAUACUCUUAGAGACACUUUAGUCAGUUCCUGUAGUUUUAUUAUUGUAUCUCCCUUGGAGAGCCUCUUUCAAUGUGUAGACACAAUAAUCUGAAAACCAUUACUUUAUCCAUUUUUUGUCAUUACGAUAUUAUUGUACAUUUAAAAAUGUACAAUGUAAAUAUGUCAUGUUACUCCUGUAAUGCGCAUCUUUUCUAAGGAAAUUCUCCUCAAACCUUGCUUUUAUGGACUGUUGCUACUACAGGCACCAACUUGUGGUCCCAGUAGUGUACUCUGCAAUAACAGGAGUUGAUAUUAUUUUGGUCAUCCUGGCAGUCUCUCUACCUAGCACAUGAAAUGAUCAGAUGUAAUUUCCUUACAUGUAGUAGACAAUGACCACUGUAACUGGUCUAACUGAUUGAACAGGCUUUUUCACUUCUACAUGAUUUCUACUUCCAAGAAUUGCAGUAUACCAUGAGCAAACCCCGGAGAGGGGAACACUAAGUCUUUUAUUUGGCCUAGACAGGUAUAUAAAAUGUAUGUGCCGCUGAACAGGGUAUGGUUUGUAGGUUCUUGAGUCUUAAACAUGGUAUACAAUUUCACUAUUUAUUUUUUUAGCAUUUUGAACAGGGUGUGUUUUUGGACCAGAAGCAUUAAAAAGAGUGUGAAGGCUGCCGUUGAGCGCUCUUCUUAACUGGCACCACAAUGUUUUUUUCAAAAAAGUUAGUUUAAAAAAAUACUGUGUGCAAAACAAAGUGAAUCAGGGUCAUGAACAUAGGACACUUGUCUUAGAUAGGGUUUGAAAGCCUCAGCGGCAAACCUUUACCCAAACUUCCCUUGAGUGUUCUCCUGGGCAAACAAACUCACCCAAUUAUUUGUUGUUUUAGUGUGUUAAAAGAUUUCUGGCUUGUAACUUCGAAAGGUACUGUCAGUAUUUAAUAAUUUUCAUAAAAUUUCACUUUUUUCUUAUUUAUCUCUUUACUUUUUUGUAGACGACCUGGCAUAUUGGUGCUAAUUAAUGAGACUGAUUGGGAACUGUUGGUAUGGCCAUAAACUGAGAGAUAACUGUUGAUAUUGCUGUUCUUUACUUUUCCUUUUUUGAAUAUUAAUAUCUACCAGCCCACUUUUUCUGUUGGUUAUAGGGAGAGUUGGAUUAUGAGUUGCAAGAAAAUGACAGCAUUGUGUUUAUAUCCACUCUUCAUGGAGGGUAG